UUCUGCAGUCGUACAGGUUUAUUAAGAAGGUGGAACACUCGUGGAAAGCUCUCGUACAUGAUGGUGAUACAGUGUCAGUCCACAGGCCGAGUUUCUACGCUGAUAGGUUUUUAAAGUUUAUGGGAGGAACGGUGUUUAAGAAGAUUAAUCCUCUGCGAGGCGCUUCCUCUCGAAGGAAACGAAACUCAGUCCAGCCGGUGAGAUCUGCGUCACAUGAAGUCCUGUCUCCGAUUAAAGAGGAGAGAUCUGAGGAGAGAAAAGCGCAGAGUCUGGAGAACCUCGAUGAUAACGAUUUGGGCUCGUUUGUGAAACCUGACAUCAUUCCGAGCUCCACGGAUCUUCACACGGCCGUUUCAGCCGCGACUGUGAUCUCCAUCUCCUCAUCAGAUGAUCUAAACAAAUUCCCGGAGGACGACGACAUCAGCAGAGGUGAGUGUGGGAAUUCCAGCUCCACUCUGGCUCUGGAUGACUCGGCGUUCCGGUCUGAUUCCUCACACUGCAGCACGUCGGAUGCAGCACUGGAUGUUUAUCUGUGAUGUGUGAAGUUCACUUCCUGUCGUCUGAAACAUGAUGCUCCGUGUUCACCGCGCUUUACUUCCUGCUGUUAGUGCACUUCAUGUCACACUGAGGUCAUGUGACCUGUACAUCAUUAUUUUAUUAUUGUCACUCCUCUAACACAGCUCAAACUCAACUCCACUGAAUUAUUAUUAUUAUUAUUAUUAUUAUUAUUAUUAUUAUGUUAAAGCCAUGUAAAUGAUUUGCUGAUCUGAUCUGAUGAAAACGUUGUACUUCACAGAGACUCCUGUGGCAUUUUGGUGUUAUUUUUGAGAAAUGGAUUUUUAACACGCAGACCUUGUGCCUUAUUUAGUGACGGAUGUGAGAAUAAAUUUCCUCAGUGCCAAAUUAUUUGAGAUUAAAUAAAAAUCUGAAUUGAAAAAUAAUCAAAUUGUUUGCAAUGCACAAAAACAAAUCCAAAAUUCCUCAUGAAUUAUUAGUAAAAAAAAAUCCCUGAUCUGAUGUUUCCUUUAGAAUAUUUUCUUAAACCAUGUUUAAAGUUGUUUUAUUACAGAUGUGUGUGUGUGUGUGUGUGUAAUAUAUUGUAAACGGAUCUGUAUUUAUGGAAAUCUGUUUAAUGGUUAUUGUGAUAUUAAACACUGUGUCUGUUUAUGAA